GUCAGACUGCGUAGUGGCCGGGUUGGUAGUGUUUGUGUAGUGGUGUUCGCGAUGCGUGAUUUGGCCACUAAAAUGGCUGAAUUAAAAUUUGAAGCUCCCCUUGCACAAUUUGAAGAAACAGAUGAAUGGGGUUCGACAGAAUUCCAGACAGCAAACCUCAAAAACGAGGAAAAUCUGAACAAUAUAAACAAGAAAAAGCAAGACAUCAAUGAUGUCCUUAACGAUUUCAAUGAGGAUAUACUCAAUAAUUCUCUACCCCAAAAAGUGCCCGCUAAGACGUUGAUAUUGAAAAACGGCGAGACUCAAUCGGUGGCUGAUAAUUUUACCGAGACCUUUUCUGGUUCUCUGGAAGAUCUAGUGAAUACUUUCGACGAAAAAAUAACCAAAUGUUUCGGGAAUUACGAGGAGUCAGUCGAAAAGUUGGCACCUGUUCAAGUCAGGACUCAGGAGGAAAUUAUGAAUGAAUGCCAAAUGUGGUGGACGUUGACAGGAAACUUCGGUAACAUUCUUCCAAUAGACUGGUCGAAAUCGUACGCUAGGAAAUUACAAAUCAACGCACUGCAUCUAGAUCAGGAACCCCAGACGCCCGAAGACGAUCUUGAUCUGAGCUCCGAAGACGAGGCCGUAGCUAGUGACCUAGAUAUGCACGCCCUGAUUCUCGGUGGUAUCAGUCACGAUGCCGAUGAGCCUCUUAAGACCGCCGAGGAGGUCAUCAGGGAGAUUGACGAUAUGAUGCAGGACGAUCUGUGCUCAGUGGAUGGAAAUCCCGAGGCGAGAGAAGCACAAUUGGAGAAUAACGAAGUUAUGGAAAAAGCCAAAGAGGUGCUGAGUUCACCCUUGUAUGAAGACAAGUUACGUGACUUGAGCUUGUCCCAACUGAACGAGCUAUUCCUGGAACUGGAAGUGCUGAUAAGAGAAUUUUCAGAAACGUUGAUCUCGGAGUUGGCUCUCAGGGAUGAAUUGGAAUACGAGAAAGAGCUGAAAAACACGUUCAUUUCGUUAUUACUUGCAGUGCAAAAUAGACGGAGACAGUACCACGUUGAAAAGAAACGAUCGGCGAAGAAUUCUUCCAAUAAAACUCCAAACGGGAUGGAUCCUAAGUAUUUGACCACCGUUAUUCCAUACCACAUAGGAAAUGGACCACCGGACAAUCAGAGUCUUCAAGUUCUAAUAAAAAUUCUCAAAGCUAUUAAUGAAGAUAGUCCGACGGUGCCCACUCUAUUGACAGAUUAUAUAUUAAAAGUAAUUUGUCCGACAUAAGCCACAUCUAGCCAAUAGCUACUCGUUAUUUAGUAAAAAGCUUUCGACUGCUGCAGCACACUAAUUCUACAAUAAGUACCGAAACAAAAUACAAAUAUUAUUUUAGGAUUAACGACAGUAUCUUUGGGAAGAAGCAGUGAAUCUGCUUUUAAUUCAUUCCUUACAAUUUUUCUAAAUUUCUAGAGGCUUUUAUAAGAAAAUUAUUGGUUAGUUUAGGUUAAACAUAUUAAACUUUUAGCGUAAAUAAACUUAAAUGGCCGUAAAUGGGAAUUUGAAUAUGUUAAGACGCGGCGCUUUUAUAUCCAAUUGUGGAAACUAACAAUACAAUUUUUGUAAUAUGUCAUUUACUGCAAUUAACCAAUAAUCCUUACUCAAAUAGAAUUUUCAAAGCCUCUAUCAACACUUCAAUAUACUCGAAUAGUUGCUACCCAAACUCUUCUUCUCUGUGAUACGGAAACGAUAUUGUUUUGUUUAUUCUCUCAGCUGAUAUGACAAAUAUUUAUUUAUGUUGUAAAUAUUUCAACGCAGAACGUUCUAGUCUAAAGUCUUGCAAGUGAAGUAAAAAAUGUGAAUUAAAGUAAUUUUAAGAUUAAUUGUACCUUUGUCUUUAUGCACACAACAAAGUAAGUUUUUGUGCAAUAUAUCAUGUAAGAGUUCUUUUUUAUAAUUUUGUUGGAAAUUUGUUAACAUGCUUUGGACAGCACUAUAAAAGAAUGGUAGGUAAAUGGCUUGAAAACAGCGUCAGAAACGUAUGGCGGAGCUAAAUUAUGAUUCUAAUAGCAGCUUUAAUACAAAUUACAAUAAAUACUUCCUUUUCGUGACUUCAUACAAUUAUUUGACUGUAUAGUUGGUUUAAUUUCUUUUGGCGUCAAAUGGGAAACUUUUUAGUUUUAAUAUAUUCUUUGAUCUCGCUUUCAGCAGUGAAACACUUGAUUUCUAGAUCGUGAUAGAUCCGAUUUCACUCUUCAAGACUGGAUUGGCUCACAUUACUACGCUUGCUGCUUGUUAUUUUAGAUCAUAAUAUGAUUAACAUAGAUGAUCAAUAAAUUAUGGUUACAAGUAUUUAAAAUCAAAUGGUUUUGUAAGCCCGUAGUGUCAAAAGUAUGUUAACAAAUUUCUUGGUUAGGUAUAGUGUUAGAUAUAUCAGGUCCCAAAAAUGAUAGUUUCUGGAUAUAAAAUAAUGUAACUUUUUGUUGUUAACUAAGUACAAUAUAUAACAAAUGCUUUUCUAUACGAACGAGCAUUUUUUGCAUAAUUUACGAGCCAGUUCGAUAAGUACUAAGCAUAAUGAAAAACCAAAACCAACAUAGUCUCCUCUUAAAUACUGUCGGAAAAAUAAUGUAACAAUAAAACUUCAACUAACGUUGGUAGCCAAUUGGUUAUGCUUCGUCUCUAGCUCAAUCUCUUAGGUGUAGGUUCGUUUGAACUAAUGAAAAUCUGAAAAAUGAGUUUGACAGGGACAAAUAAAAGAGGAUAUUAACUAAUCAAAUUUAUUAUACAAACAUCUCUAUAAAAUCUCUAUAAAAUGUGAAAAUAAUACUUAUGGCAAGUAUUGUUGCAUAUAUUGUUGACUUCAUGCAAUUGAAUGCAGUUAAUGUGGUUGCUGGCUUCAGAUACUUGUUAGAAUGUUAGCUGAAGUACUUUCAGGUAGGUGUGGAGUUCUCCAUAGCAGCUACAUGCUUUGGAAAAUCCCCCCCAAAUAGGAGAAGAAAAAUUGACAUAAAGCCAAAAAACCCAGAGAGAUUUAAACAAUAUAAAUGAAUUUCUUAACUAAAAAAUCAGUUUAAAUAGGUAGAUGAAAUAAUAAAAAAAGAUUCCCACUUCUAUUAAAGCGAAACUGACAACUGCUGACAAUGACAAGUGACAAUUGCCAAUAGACAAAUAAUCUGUGUCGCUAGUUAAGGUCAUAGACAUUUAUAUAUGUCUAUCGAUAGGCUAACUACGGGGUUUGAAUACGGGGGAUAUACAAAGAAUAAAUAGGAAUAGAACUGAAAUCAAUGGAAAUUGAGAUAGAAGAAUAGAGAUUAAAUAGAAUAUUUUGUUGAUAGAAGACUUGAGCGCCAACUAUUUUCAGAAUAAAAUAGUAAAAUAAAACACAAAAUUAACAAAUGAAUGAAAUUAAAAGUAAUUGCAAUAAAAUAACUAUUUGAAGAAAAAUAAUAAAUAUGUGACGUAUGUAAGGUUACAAUACGUUUUCGUGGGGUCCGCUAAGUAGGCCUUGGUGCAGCGAUGACCUCGUUAGACUCAAAUUUCUGCGCGGAGAGUGAUUUUUUAAACUUUGGCAACAAAAAUAAGUGGAAUGGGACCAAAUUUGCAGAAAACGGUGGAUGGGACAGCAGUUCGUGCAUAGUCAUAGUGGAAGAGCAUUUUUUCCUCGCCAAAUGGGCUACUUUUUAUGCAGUUGGGCCUUGAAUGGACCCAAUAAAUCGAAACAAUACAGCCCUACCCUACCAGGGUAGUCGAUGUAGAUCACACCUUGUGAAUCCCAGAAAAUGGUAACCUUUCUGACCAAUAGGACAGUCUUCGCCUUCUUCGAAGCACGUUCUCCGGCGAAGUCCACUGUUUCGACUUUUCCUUGUAUGCACCAGUGGAUCCAUGGUUCGUUGUUGAUCAUGAAACGACACAGAAACUCCUUCGGAUUACGCUUAAGCAGCGUCAAACAUUGCUCUGAAGUGAUCUCACGGUUAUUCGGAGUGAGCAAAUGCUACAUCCAUCGCGUCGACAGCUUUAUUACGCCUAAAAUUUCAUACAGGAUGUGAUUGACGCAGUUUUUUGAGGUGCCUACUGUCGAUACUGCGAAUACGAUAUUGUAUAUUUUUACCACGUUUUCCUUUGUGGUAGCCGUCAAAGAUUUUCGGAGCACCGUUAUCCUCCAGGUAGUUGUUUUCUUCGAAACAAGAAUCGAAUCACCGACCAAUAUUGCUCUUUUUCCAUUUGUCUAAAAUCUGCAGACACGUUCGCUUCCACACGUGGUUAGAACAAAACUAUGAGUCCGAUUCAGU